CUUUCUGAGCCUCUAUCCCAUUCGCUCGUGUCGGACGGUAAGGGACAAUAUGCUCGCCGUCUCGCUCCAACGAAAACACUACAUCCGUAUCGGCGCGUUCCUCCUCGUGCUGAUCCUCUUCUGGCACCGUAUAUCUGUCGGCUUUACACUAGCAUACACGUAUUUUGCCUUCACCUUCCUUCCGACAGCUGUGCUUGGCAAUGGCGAUGGGUGGGACCUCGAAAAUCUCAUCCCUCCUCCGGAUGCACCAGAACUCGUUCCGCGUAUUAUCCACCAGGCACGUCUCGGAGACCUAGAAAUGAAAGACACUUGGCGCGAAGCGAAUCAAAGUUGCGCAUCGUUAAACCCCGCGCCAGAGUGGCGAUUCGAGCUAUGGGACACCCCACGCGCGAACGCUUUUGUCGAAGAGAACUACCCAGAGCUGCUGGACAUGUAUCUGGGCUACGGUCAAGAGAUCCAACGUUCCAACGUCAUUCGCUACCUCAUUCUCUACAAAAUGGGCGGCAUCUACCUCGAUCUCGACAUAAAAUGUAAAGUCCCACUCGAUUUCUUCACUACCGUUGACUGGGUCUCGCCUCCCGGCGUGCCGACUGGCAUCAACAACGCGUUCAUGGCCGCUGCGCCGGGUCACCCGUUCCUCAAACAUGCUAUUGAUAACUUACAACGCUUUGACCUGAAUUGGAUUUCACUGUAUGCAACUGAUAUGUUCUCGGCUGGAUGUCAUUACAUUUCGACGAUGCACGCGACGUAUGCAAAGCACAGCACACUGCGGGUUUUGCCGCGGGAGUACAAGCUUGGAGGAGUUUCGUCGACUCCGAUCUUUGACCAUCUUGGAGCGGCAAGCUGGCAUCGCGGCGAUGCAAGUGCGAUCAAAGCGCUUGGUGUUGUCGUCCAAUGGUUACUCGUGCCGUGGAAAAUUAUUACGAUCACGGUAGCGAGUGUUGUUGGAAGUGUGUGGUUGUGUCGAAGGAGAGCACGUAGAGCGGAAAAGAUACGUGCUGAGGAUGUGGAGCUGUUUGAUGUCGAGCACGAAUUGCUGCGGGGCGGCGCGCAUCCUGAGACGGAGCGUAGGGCUUUGCUGGUGCACGUCUGGCGCGACUCCAUGUCUGACGAGGAAGCUACAUUCCGUUCGGCGUCACCAGGUUCACAAUCUUCGCGUAUCAGCUCGUCUGAGAGUACGUUACAAGCUGACGAGGACAACGAAUAUGAACGAGAUGGCCUAAAAGACCAUAAGUUCUCAUGAACCCACUCUACUUCAAAACAGUUGCCCAAUUCCGGUCAACAUUGUUUCGAGUGUGGCUCGUAUUGGCUUACUUAUUUUCACUAAUACGCUCUGUUUUCAUCUCAUCUUAUCUCAUCUCAUCUAUUUCUGAAUACGGUAUUUAGACUGUACUCGUACUUGUACCAUACAUGACUAUACCGCACGGCCUUACAAGUUCCUUGUUUAUGACCUGCUCUUGUAUU